AUGUCCAAUGGCGCCGCCAGCCCUGUCCAGAGUUCCAGAAAGGCCCAUCCCACGUUCCAUUUCCUCGCCGGGCUGACCUCUGGGCUCGCGAGCGCUGUGCUACUCCAGCCAGCCGACCUCCUCAAGACGCGAGUGCAGCAGUCCCGGUCUUCCUCCCUCCUUCCCGUCCUUCGAUCGAUUCUCUCCAGCCCUCAUCCGGUGGCGGGCCUUUGGCGAGGAACGCUACCAUCGGCGCUUCGAACAGGAUUCGGGUCGGCCCUGUACUUCACGUCUCUAAGCUCUCUGCGUCAGAUCAUUGCGAACAGCAGCGUCAGCGCCCGAUCCUCUACAGAUGGAAGAGAUUCUCCGACAGGCUCACUGGUGAGACGGAACACCAGCAGCUCCGUGCUGCCGAAGCUGUCGAAUACACAAAACCUGCUCACGGGAGCGACGGCGCGCGUCUUCGCCGGCGUCGUUCUCAUGCCUGUGACGGUGAUCAAAGUGCGCUACGAGUCGGACUUGUAUGCGUACAAAUCGAUCGCGUCGGCGGCGCGAUCGAUCCACGCCCAAGAAGGGCUCAAGGGCUUCUUCUCGGGCGUGGGCGCCACGGCGGUCCGCGACGCCCCGUACGCAGGUCUGUACGUGCUGUUCUAUGAAUCCUGCAAGAAAGACUUGAACAAGCUUCUCUCCGGAAGGACCGAUCAAGCCCCGUCAUCGGCGACCUCGGCAACCAUCAAUGCCUCGAGCGGCGUCCUCGCCGCCGGAUUGGCCACCGGUCUGACCAACCCUUUCGACGCGGUCAAGACGAGGCUGCAGCUCAUGCCGAAAAAAUACGGCAACAUGUUGAAGGCGACCAGGCUGAUGCUCCAGGAGGACGGCGUCAAGAGUUUCUUCCACGGCCUGGGGCUCAGGAUGGGAAGGAAAGUCCUGAGUUCCGCACUCGCCUGGACAGUGUACGAAGACUUGAUCGGGCGCGCAGAACGCUUCAUGGCGCGGCACGAUGACGACCGGGUGGUGGUGUGA